CCAAUCCAGAGCAGCGUGCCACCAACUCUCUAAUGCUCUCUAGCUUUCAACUGCAACUCUGAAUCAUACCAUGUCCUUCUAAUCCACACCGCCAUCAAUUUAUCCCCCCAAAUACUCUCUGCUCUUGUUCCUUUCUUUCUUCUCUUCCACUCUCUCUUUCACUUCCUUCCAUAAUUCUGUCUUUGAAACUUGUUUGCAUUGUGGUUCUUAGUCUCUCUCUCUCUCUUAAGAACCCAAGUUUGAAAACCGCCUGCUCAACUCUUUUAGGCUAAAUGGAGUCUGAAAAUGGGGUUACUUUGGGGGAUGACAAUUGUGCUGCUGUGGAAAAGCAUGUAGGAGAAUCCAUACCUGAUUCUAACAUUGAAGGAAACAAUGUUGAUGCUAACACAGAAGUUCCUACCAUGAAUGGAGAAUCUGAAACUGUAAGCAAAGAUGAAGGCAUUAACUCUUCAGGAGGUGCAGUUGAAGUUGCUGCAACUGUUCGGCUUGGUAAAAAUUCGAAAACAAAAAAGGAUCUCCAUGCUCCAAACAAUGGUGCUUCAAAGGGAAAGUUGGCCAAGGAUAAACCCAAUGGGAAAGGUGCAACUCCAAUCUCUCGUAUACAGAGGACAGUACUUUCUCAGAGUCUUUCAUUUCCAGCGAGAGGAGCUCGUGUUGAUGCAAUGAAGAAGAGCAUUGAUGUGUACCCAGCUAAAACAGAAGUCAAACAUACUCGAGGUAAUGCAACCAAAGCUGAGGCCCCGUUUCCAUCUUCUCGUUCGAGCAAUGUAAAUAGGCGUGCAUCUAACAGAAUACAGUCAAAUGAUGAGAACAAAGCUGGUGGUGCUUCUGUAGUUAGGAGGACUACUUUAGCAUCGAUAACUAGCAUGAGAUGCUCUGCAUCAGGCAAGUCUGGUGCUGUGACUGGUUCAUCUGAAACGGCCCGAUCAGUUGGCCAGAGCUUAACUGCCAUAAAAACAACCCAGCUAACCAAAGAGGAUGAUGAUGCUCAUUCCAUUGCUUCAAGCACUACACCUGGUGGCCGGCGGAGCAGUAGUUCUGGGUUUUCCUUCAGGUUGGAUGAACGUGCUGAAAAAAGGAAGGAGUUCUUUACAAAGCUUGAAGAAAAGAUACAGGCCAAAGAAGCAGAAAAGAAUAAUUCACAAGCAAAAUCAAAGGAAAAUCAGGAAGCAGAGAUCAAGCAACUGAGAAAGAGCCUGACAUUUAGGGCAGCUCCUAUGCCAAGUUUCUAUAAAGAGCCUCCUCCGAAAAUUGAAAUAAAGAAGAUACCAACCACACGUCCCAUAUCUCCAAAGCUUGGAAGGCACAAAAACUCCAUUCCUUCACUGAACAGCCCUUCAGAAGAUGGGGGGAUGUGUCUUAGCCCACUUCUGGCUCGAGAACGGAACAAGUCAACCAAAGGGUUGAAGGAGAAAGCCGAAAAGGAUAUUGCAGAACCAAAGAAGCCUAUUAGGAAGUCCCAACAUCGGCUUCAUUCUCAUGAAAAUGGGGCUGCUAAAGCGGAGGGAAAGCCCAGUAAGUCACAGCUGAAGGAGAUCAGCAAGGAAGAAAAAGAUAGCCUGACAGCAUGCACUGGAGAGACAAAAGAAAGCUUCCAGGACCAAUCUGGGCAUGCGUCCGAGUGCAAUGAUAAGAUCGACGAAGUGAGUGUUGAUCAGACCAAAGAACCAGUCCUCAGUGCAGCUCCUGCCCCUGAGAUCAUGUCUCAAGAAGUUACCAUUGCAGCUCCUGCUCGUGAUAUCAUGCCUCGAGAAGUUACCAUUGGAGUUUAAGCAACAUAUAUCUGAUAAAUUACUUAUCA